GUCUGCACUUGCCACCACUCUCUUCGCAGCCAUGUCUGCACUAACCCUCAAACUUUUGAUCGAUAAGAAGGCUAACCGCGUCUUGUACGCUGAGGCCGGGAGCGAUGUCGUAGACUUCCUCUUCGGCCUCCUAGCGAUGCCCAUAUGCAUCGUAGCCAAGGAACUUGAGACCGGCAGUGAUGGGGUAGGCGUGGCAAACAUCUAUGCCAGUGUCCCCAAAAUGGAUGAUGCCGGGUACAUGCAUAGUAGUGUCGUGCAAGAGGCACUCUUGAGCUCGCAUAGGCAAAUGCUCCUCCAAUGCCCCACCAUCCGAGUCCCAUAUUGCCCACUCACGACGACUACAACACUCCCAGCGGCACCUUCCAUGCGGGCGUCUGUUAACGGGACACCAUCGUACCCACAACAGUAUACAUCGGUCGCUACACCUAGGCUAGCGCCUACCAGCAAGGCAACAGAUGUUGCGCGUGGCUUCUCUCAUCGUAGGUCCACCAUAGACACCGGCGGUUACGUGCAGAGCUUGGUAACUUACACUAUCAUGGACGACCUCACCAUCACACCCAUGUCCAACAUCUCCGCACUGGCGUUGAUAACCAAGCUCAACAGGGAAAAGAAGGACCUCGUGUUAGAGGAGAAGUCCGUCAAGAUUGGCGAGAAAGAGGCGUUGGAUAUUCUCAAGGCUUCAGUGAAUUCCAGUACUGUCCUCACUGAUGUGUUCCUUUCUAACAACAAUACCGAUGUCUCCCUAUCCAAGAAUAAAAGGGCUCAUACAUCCAAUGGUGAGAAGAAAAAGGAUAAGAUCCCAGAUUAUUAUAUAUGAGUAGGGAUUGCACCAUGGCACCAUUUGGCUAAUAAGGGUAUGCAUUGGACCAUGAAUGAUUGUAAGGAAUUUGCCAUUUAUCAAUUUGCAUUAUCAACUACUUGAAAGCAAUACAUUUAUGGGAAACA